CAGAGGCAGGAGCCGCUGCAUGCGCACAUCUGUGCUGUCUCCCAGACCCGAGCUGAAAUCUGACUGCUGUCCUGUGUGGGAUCUUUUCACACAGUUUCUCUACUUUUUUAAAUUACACUACUCAACUUGGCAGACACCAGGCGUGACGCGCAUCUAAAGUUUGGCAAUUGGAGCGCGCGCACAUGGCAGCCCUCAUCAGCGCGUACUCGUCGUGGCCCGAGUCCUUCGAGUGUCCUCCAGGAGACGGGGACGUGUCCGACGGGCAUGGCCCCCACAGGAGCCCCGCGGACAAGGCUCCGGAGCCGCGGAUCAGGCGGCCCAUGAACGCGUUCAUGGUGUGGGCCAAAGAUGAGCGGAAACGGCUGGCGGUGCAAAACCCGGACCUGCACAACGCCGAGCUCAGCAAGAUGUUGGGAAAAUCUUGGAAGGCCCUGACCCCCCCUCAGAAGCGGCCCUAUGUGGAGGAAGCAGAGCGGCUCCGGGUGCAGCACAUGCAGGACUACCCCAACUACAAGUACCGUCCUCGCCGGAAGAAACAGCUGAAACGCAUCUGCAAGCGCGUGGACCCCGGCUUCCUGCUGAGCGGCCUGGCCCCAGAUCAGAACGCCCUGCCUGAGCAGCGAGCCCUCUGCCACCCCCUUGACAAAGAUGAGGGUGGCCCUAACCCUGUCAGCAGCAGGUUUUCCAGCCCCAGCCCAGCUCUGCCCAGCGUGAGGAGCUUCAGGGAUCCGGCGGGUUCAAACAGCAGCUUUGACACGUACCCCUAUGGUCUGCCCACGCCCCCUGAGAUGUCCCCCUUAGACGCCGUGGACCAUGAGCAUGUCCCCCCUUCCUAUUAUACUGGUAGCUCCUCUGUCUCCUGCUCCUCCUCUGCUUCCUGUCCAGAUGAGCACCACCAGAAUCAGACCCACAUGGGCAGCCCGCCCCCGUACCACACUGACUACACCCAGACCCAGAUCCAUUGCGGGAGCUCACACAUAGCUCACAUCCCCCACAUGCACCAAACCCCCUCUGGUGCUGGACUCAUCCCUGGUCCUCCUCCGCUGUCCUACUACAGUACCUCCACUUUCCCCCAGAUCCACCACGGGCUGCACCAGGGCCACCUUGGUCAGCUGUCCCCCCCACCAGAGACGCAGGCUCACCUUGAGACUCUGGACCAACUGAGCCAGGCAGAGCUGCUAGGUGAGGUAGACCGUAAUGAGUUUGACCAGUACCUGAACUCGACUGGAAGCAGUUUUCACCCUGAGCAGGGCGGCAGCAUGACCGUCACAGGACACAUCCAGGUAGCAUCCAGCGCUAACACUUCAGCGUGUCCCAGCAGCACGUCAGAAACCAGCCUCAUUUCGGUGCUUGCGGACGCUACAGCGGCCUACUAUAACAACUACGGCAUCUCGUAAGCUAGGGCACAGCACCCAUGAAACUUGAAACACGCAAGUGGGUGAGCAAUUUUUAGCUGACUCCACAGUUGGGUGCUGAAGGAAAAAUUCUGUGCCCUUGUCUGUAAUAUCAAAUCUUUAUGUAGCAUCUCUCAUGGACGCUAUGGGUGCCCAUUACAACAACAGUGGCACCUCGUAAGCUUGGUCACAGCACCCAUUACACUUUGGACUCAUCAGAGACUCUACAGUGAGAAAAUGUUGUAAGACGCUACAUUUGGGUGCUAGUAAGGAAAAGAUUUCUGUGCUCUCAUUUGUAAUUCCCAACUUUAAUUAGCAUCUGGACUUACUACUGAGCAAUAUGAUUGUCUGGAGCUGAGGGAAGAACCAAGAAAAAAGCAGAGGAUUGUGAAGAAAGGGAGAUGGACAACUCAGGGACAUGAACUCUAGUCUGCCACCUCCACUUGUCAUGAGAUUUGUAAACCAGAAGAACAAUCGUAGCGGACUUGUUGUCCACUUGUAAAUGUUUCUUUUGCCACUGCGGCAUGUACAGAUGCUCUCUAGAAGCUAAUUUAAGUCCUUAGAUGUUUUGGCGAAAUGCUAACUGUAAUGCUAUUCUCAACGCUUUCCAUUCGAAUGUUUAUAGUCUAUGUUCUAACUCUCAUUAGCUUGGGAGUUUUACCUCAGUAGUUGUAAUUGAAUGAGGUUUUAGUCGGACAUUUCUUAUGCAAUGUAACAAAAAAGGGUGUAUAAUGAUGGAAAAAGGCGUUUAUACUUCCUCUCAAGUACUUAAUAAUAUAUAAUCAUAACCUCUAUGAUGAAAAUAAUAAUGGUAACUAUAACUGUAUGCUGAUUUAGGUUUGUGAAAGACAAUAAUUUAAAUAAAGUUCAAUUUUUAUAGAAAUAAAGUCACUUACAGACUACAUAUUUUGCUCAUUUAAUCACACACACAGGAUUUCUGAUACUUUUUAAACAGCAGAUGAACACUUUUCUGCUGAUUUAUAAAGCACAUUAUGAAUGCAAUUAGAAUCCAGAAUAAAAACAUUAAGACCCAUGUUAAGAGGUUUUUUCUUUUUGUUUUAAAUGUGGCAUUCGCCACUUGUCCAUCCGCCACCUAUCACUGUCACAGCAUGCAUUCUUCAUUUUGUUUGCUCAGUGUCGUUUUAGUGCAAGUGUCCCAUUCUGACACCCACUCCCCUGCUCGCUUUUUCCACCCUCUGUCACAUCUUCCCUCUCCAUCCGUCUCCUCUCGCUUUCAUUUCAUCCCGGUUCAGAGGAUUAGUGUAAAACAGGCACAGCCGUCGCCACCCGCCUCCAUCUCAACCGUCCUUUGUUUUCUUGGAGUCUUAUUCUGGGUGCCAUUCUUAGGCACUCUGGACCCCCACCCUCCUUCCACCCAAAACCCCCACCCCCUCACCACCUAUUCUAUCUUGCUGAUGCAGA